AUGGCCCACGGCAAGGUAGUCGAAGUGGACAAUCCCGUCAUCUUCAAGGCCCUCACCUCUUCCGGCCCCGUCGUCGUCGACUUCUUCGCCACCUGGUGCGGCCCCUGCAAGCAGAUCGCUCCCCACGUCGGCAAGCUCAGCGAAACCUACCCCAAUGUGCGCUUCAUCCAGGUCGAUGUGGAUAAGGUCCGCUCCGUCGCCCAGGAGAUGCAAGUGAGAGCCAUGCCGACCUUUGUGCUCUUCAAGGACGGUCAGCAGUGGGAGAAGCGGGUUGUCGGUGGCAAUCUGAAGGAGUUGGAGGAUCAGAUCAAGGCCAUUUCUUCCUAG